GUUGUUCCUCUGUCAUCAAGCACUAUGUGGCUUUCAACAUCAACUCCAGCGCCACUGCUGGUAAUUAGCUUUGAUGGCUUUCGCGACAGUUAUCUUCAGCUAAAUAUAACACCAAACAUACAACGCAUUUUUGAUUGUGGCACUCACAGUAAAUUUAUGAUACCAGUGUUUCCAAGUAAAACAUUUCCGAAUCAUUAUUCCAUUGUCACUGGCCUAUAUCCAACUUGGCAUGGCAUUGUUAAUAAUCUGUUUCGAGAUCCUGAUGUCCCUGGUGUUAGCAACCUUUUUUUUUUACCUCAUCGACUGAAGAAACUUUCUUUUCCUUUAGUUUCUUCUUUAUAUCUUUUUAAAAAAACCAACUUUUAUUUCACUUCCUAUUUAUCUUAG